GGCGCGUUCAUCGUCAGUGACAAUAUGGCGUCUACAAACGAAAUGAUUUUUUACCAAAGUGAUAAUUGUUACAAAUUUUAAAUGAAUCGAAAAACAAUACUUUAACAACACCCAAAUAUUUAUAAAGUUUGCCACAAUUAUGGCAACAUCUCAAGAAAAACUGAAGUCCCUGUUUGAAGACUUAGGGAAGGCCACAUUGAGGGGUGUAAGGAAAUGCCCAAAAUGUGGAACAUAUAACGGAACAAGGGGAAUAAGUUGCAAGAACAAGCAGUGUGAUGUCGUGUUCAAAGAAAAGGAAAAGAAGAAAGGGGGCACCAUAGAUGCUGUGAAGAUCGUGACAGGCUCCACUGUGCAGGUGUUUUCAGUUCGAUUACGUGACAGAGGCCCUGAUUACAGAGGUUUUGUACAGUUACCACUAGUGCAGGACUUAGAUGGCAAUCCAGCGCCAUUAGUUGAUCCAGCAAUUCUUGCCUCAGCUGCUAGGUGCUAUGUAGAAAGUUGCACCCGAUCUUCCCAGAUUAGUUCAAUUGACGCCUGUCCUCACAUCAAAGCUGCCAUCGAGUGCACCACUGAGGCCCAACCACUGACUCUGAAAAACUCUGUUCUGAACUCGCUGCAGGCUGAUAAUGAGAUUAAGCAAGCAAUAUGGCUGCUUGCUACUGAGACCACUGGGCCGCUGGUGCAGCGCGUUACCAAGAAUGUCAUGGUGGUCAAGUGUAAAGCAAAUCCAAAACAGCCUCUAGGCUUUUUGCAUUUUGUUGUUUUUGAUGCGUUGAAAGGAAGAAUGCAACAACAAAAUCUUUCCUGCAGAUUCCAGUGUGGUUGUAAACCUGCAAAGGUUUUAAAAUCUGGAGAUGAGCUGUCCAAGCGGUGUGUUCAUUACUAUGCAUGUGUCUGUGCAUUUGCAAGCGAUGACAAGCUCCAGGAGGAGUUCUGCAGUUUUACCAGCCAAAAUAUAAGCAUGCCUACAGAGGAAGAUCCAAACACUUUCACAGUGAGCCUGGUGGAUGAGCUGGCAGAGAUGCCAGGUUCUCCGAAGCCUGAUGAGCAGCUUGUGACAGUGUAUGAGGCUGACAUCCAUACCCAGGGCCCAGAGACCUGGGAGGUGUUUGUAACAGAGGAGCUACCGGAGACACCCGCCAAGAAGAAACGCAAGGAUGAAAUAGUUCAAGCAAGCAGCGCUCUUCUAACACUUCAAGAAGGAAAGAUUCCUAAACCAAUGGCAAUAAGCUGCAAGCCAGUGCAGAAAACACAGGCCACUCCUGUGAAAAAACCAGUACACCCCAACCAGCCGAUUGAGGAGACAGAAGUGGUGACCACAUUCCAUUCCUGGCUGGCCAGUGUUACAGAACGAGUCAAUCAAACCAUGCACUAUCAGUUUGAUGGUAAUCCCGACCCGCUGGUGUUUCAUGCACCACAGGUGUUCUUUGACUGUCUCCAGCAGAGAAUAUCCCACGGCUGCAAGAAAAAGCGUCUUCCAAACUUCACGACAGCAUUUGUCCGUAAGGAUGCUCUACCACUGGGCACCUUCACCAAAUACACGUGGCAUAUCAUCAACAUUAUCCAUGUAAAGCAGAUCUUCGACACUCCUGAGAUGCCACUCGAGAUCACUCGUAACUUUGUGGAGAACAGGGACUCCACGUAUGACAUCUAUGAGGUGCCCAAAGUGGAGGACAUGGGAGAUAAGCUGCCCAUACGACCCUCAGAACUGAAGACCUUCCUCAAAGUUGGCAACACCUCUGCAGACCAGCGUGAACCAACACCAUUCAUCAUAGAGUGGAUUCCAGACAUUUUACCAAAGUCCCAUAUUGGCGAACUAAGAAUUAAGUUUGAGUACGGACAUCAGCGAAACGGUCACAUUGAACAUCGCUCGGGUAACGGAACCCAACUGCAUGGAGAACUGUCCAAUAAUGUGACAAGUUUCAACCGAGCACCAUUGCAGGCACCUAGAGUCAGCCUCACUGCAAUCGCCCCAAACGUUGCCAUGGCCUCUGUUACUUGAGACUCAUUGUGAGGUCAUAGCUUGGCGAGAAUAUUUAUAAAGAUGUUGUUUAGCUUUCAGUAUUACCAUUUCAGUCAUAGAUGAAUUUAGGAGACUCUCAAUUGUCAGUUAUAUAAUAGUUUUUCUAAAACUUGAUUGAUCACAUAAUUAAUUUUUAGAUAAGAAUGCAUAUUAUAUGCCUAUAUAUAUUAUUAUUUAAAUAAUAGGUUACUUCCAUAAUCAAAUAUGAUCUACUGGAUAGGAGUUCCCUAUUUUACCGUUGAUCAGUUUCUGUAUUCAAAGCCUGGUAAAGCUGACUACUGUUAUCUGUUACAUGUUCUGUAUUCUUCUGAGCAGCAUUGUUCUAUUUAAAGACACACAAAUAUAUGUUAUCAACGAAAUCAUGCCAUCUGUUCAUAACAUUUCUAUAAUUUGUUUUUAACCAGGUUUUUAACCAGGUUUUCCGAAGGAAAAAACUGGUUAUUAGAUUGGCGAAUGCGGGCGGGCUGGCUGGCUGGCGGGCUGGCUGGCUGGCGGGCUGGCGGGCUGGCUGGCUGGCGGGCUGGCGGAAUAAGCUUCUCCGGGCCAUAACUAUGUCGUUCAUUGUCAGAUUUUAAAAUCAUUUGGCACAUUUGUUCACCAUCAUUGGACGGUGUGUCGCGCGAAAUAAUUACGUUGAUAUCUCCAAGGUCAAGGUCACACUUUGAGUUCAAAGGUCAAAAAUGGCCAUAAAUGAGCUUGUCCGAGCCAUAACUAUGUCGUUCAUCGUCAGAUUUUAAAAUCAUUUGGCACAUUUGUUCACCAUCAUUGGACGGUGUGUCGCGCGAAAUAAUUACGUCGAUAUCUCCAAGGUCAAGGUCGCACUUUGAGUUCAAAGGUCAAAAAUGGCCAUAAAUGAGCUUGUCCUGGCCAUAACUAUGUCAUUCAUUGUGAGAUUUUAAAAUCAUUUGGCACAUUUGUUCACCAUCAUGGGACGGUGUGUCCCACGAAAGAAUCACGUCAAUAUCUCCAAUGUCAAGGUCGCCACGACUAAAAAUAGAUUUAAAAAAAAAAAAAAACUUACAAAGGGGGUUAAUUUUUUUUGGUCAUUUCAAAAGUUCAGUUUGAGUUUUCUCCCUUUAUCAGAUUUUUUUUUCACAAUGAAAACCUGGUUUUGUGACAAUUUUGUCCCUUGUUUGUUUUUAAAUGUUAUGAUUCCAUAAUACAGUGUCAUUUUGAAGAGUAUUUACAAAUUGUUUAGGAGGUGUAUAAUAAAUAUAAUGUUACUGUGAUGGUCUAGUGAGUAGUAUUGCACUCAUUGGUUGUGUGGUGUUAUAUUAAAGAAACAAAGCCUAAUCAACACAUGUGAUACAGCCAUGUGUAACACCACAGUCAUGAUAUUUUCCCCUUUUUAGCUCACCUGAGCACAAUGUGCUCAUGGUGAGCUUUUGUGAUCUCCUUUUGUUCGUUGUGCGUUGUCAACAUUUGCCUUGUUAACUCUCUAGAGGCCACAUUUAUUGUCCAAUCUUCAUGAAAUUGGUCAGAAGAUUGGUCUCAAUGAUAUCUUGGAUGAGUUCGAAAAUGGUUACGUUUGCUUGAAAAGCAUGGCUGCCAAGGGUGUGGCAUUUUUGCUUAUAGGGCUAUUAUAGCUAUAGUAAAAUCUUGUUAACACUCUAGAGACCACAUAUAUUGUCAAAUCUUCAUGAAACUCGGCCAGAAGAUUCAUCCCAAUAAUAUCUUAGAAGAGUUCCAAAAAGGAUGCUUAGGUUGAAAAACAUGGCCGCCAGGGGGCGGGGCAUUUUUCCUUAUAUGGCUAUAGUAAAACCUUGUUAACACUGUAGAGGCCACAUUUAUUUUCCGAUCUUCAUGAAACUUGGUCAGAAGAUUUGUCUUAAUGAUAUCUUGGAUGAGUUUGAAAAUGGGAAUCUUUGCUUGAAAACAUGGCUGCCAAAGGGUGGGGCAUUUUUCCUUAUAUGGCUAUAUAUAAAUGUAUUGCUAUAGUAAAUCCUUGUUAACACUCUAGAGGCCACAUAUAUUGUUCGAUCUUCAUGAAACUUGGUCAGAACAUUCAUCUCAAUGAUAUCUUGGAUGAGUUGGAAAAUGAUGUCCGUUGGUUGAAAAACAUGGCCACCAGGGGGCGAGGCAUUUUUCCUAAUAUGGCUAUAGUAAAACCUUGUUAACACUCUAGAGGCCACAUUUAUUUUCCGGUCUUCAUGAAAGAAGAUUUGUCCCAAUGAUAUCUUGGAUGAGUUCGAAAAUGGUUUUGGUUGCUUUUAAAACAUGGCCACCGGGGGCGGGGCAUUUUUCUUAUAUGGCUAUAUAUUGCUAUAGUAAAACCUUGUUAGCACUCUAGAGGCCACAUUUAUUUCCAAUCUUCAUGAAUCUUGGUCAGAAGAUUUGUCCCAAUAAUAUCUCAGACCUGUUUACUUCUACGGAUUCGCCGUAGUUACUACGGAUUAUUUGGCUAAACUACUCACUACUGAUUUGUACUGAAAAACUACGGAUCCAUCGAUCAAAAUGGUCAAAUUUCAGAUUUUAAUCGUACUUUCGCUUAUUUUCGGUCUUUACGGGUUAUUUAUCAAUCAUAAUCAUUUUGGCGCUUGCUUAGUAAGAAACAAAAAUUCAAGCCACCCGGGGAACGAGUGCUGAUCGAGCUUGUCGAGUCGUCAACGAACAAAAACUGACAUGCGUAUUGGUUCGCAAAUUUAGCCGAAUAUAUACGAUUUUACGUUGCUAUCCAGUAUACACAUCUCUCUCUCUAUUGCGGAGAAUAACAACGAUAGUCGAUGUAUCCGGAUUGAGCACCCCUGUUUUUACACACGUCCAAGAUGGCGGCAAGCAGACGAGAAAUUGCGAUUAACGGCGAAAAUAAUAAAUACCAUUCAAAUUAACUACGGAUAUCAUAUGGUCAUUAGGGAAUAAUAUAAUGUGUGUGUCAAUUCACGCAAAAUACUACUUUUGAGAUAAAAAUAAAAAUAAAAUAUUUAUCAGAAAUAUGCACUGUGAAUGUGCGUCACGGAAACAAGUGUUGGAAAAUUGUAGUUCAGUCUACUCACAAAGUUAAAGCAUUUAUUAUAAUGAGUAUUGUCCGCAAAAGGAAAGAGACAAACAUGAUUUGAUUUAUAUGUUAGUGGAUCUGUGUAUACUCAGAUUCAUAUGCAUAUUCUGCUUUAUUAUGUUUGUUAAGCUGUACAGUUUAAUGAAAUAGCAUUGAACUGAGGUUGUAAAGUGCAAGAUAUUGAAAGGUAAACAAAUAAAAUAUAUUAUUUUAACUCCAUUAAAUACAUUAUUAACACAACAAGAACACUAAAGGGUAUUUGUCAAUAUUUGGUUAUGUUUUUCCCUUAUGAUAUUUAAUUUAAAAAAAUACUGAAUUAAAUUAAUAGCUACUCUUAAAGAGCUUCUGAUCAAAUGGUGUUUUUAAGAAUCUAUAGAUUAUUGUAAGUUUAAUAUGCAUGUGGAUGGAUAUUAAUUAAAUAUUGUCUUCAUUGUAAGAAGACAUUAAAGCAGCACUUUAUAAUAUAAAAAUGCUGUCAAACAUGCACUUAAAAACAAUUUUAAUUCUGUUACUUAUAAUCAUAUUUAUAAUGCUUAAUGUUUCCCAGUUUCAUGGUUUAUCACGCUUUUUUUCAAAUUUCAUGGUUUAUCGCGCCAUUUUUCCCAAACCAAAUGGCAAAGGCUGUAACAAAUAAAAGCAAAUAAAAUCACUUAACAGAUUUAAUUAUUAGCAAGUAAUUUCAUUUAAUGCUUUAUGUACCAUUAAACUGAUAUGUGACCCAGUCAUGGUGUUUUAAUGCUCAAAAUGAUUGAAAAGGUUAAAACUACUGACAACAGCCCAAAACUACUGAGAGAUGCCCUCCGUACUACUGAGGAGCAAUCGGUAGGGUAAACAGGUCUGAUAUCUUGUUAUCUCAGGUGAGCAACUUUGGGCCUUUCAGGCCCUCUUGUUAUGAAAAUGCAUGGACUUCUUUUCAUAUUCCUCAUACGACUCUCAAUGGAGAUUUUUAAGGCCUUGUUUAUUUUAUGUUUUAUUAUUUAAACCAUCAUUCUAAGCAAAUUUGUUUGUGACAAGUAAGAAUAAAAAUAUACUUGGUCAUACAUGCGUAUUUGCAUCACCUUGAACAGAUUUAAAACAUCUUGCACACUAAUUCUUACAUAUGUAAAUUGAUAUUAACAGCUAAGACAAAUAUUGUUCAAAACUCACACUAGUAUGUAAUUGACAGAAAUCAAAUUAAGAAAUACUGCCCAUGGAUUACAUUUUACUUGUAAAGUUCUUUUUACAAUUUAAAAUUUAUCUAGGAAAACACUGAUGGAUAAACCAUUGAUAUUGAAAUCUGAAAUCCAAUUUAUUUUAAAAAUGGGAGACUCCCUCUGGGAAAACCGGGCGUAAUGCAUGUGAGUAAAGUGUGGUCCCAGAUGAGCCUGUGCAUGCCAUACAGACUAAUCUGGGACCACAUUUUACGGUCAUGCAUCCUUUGUCGUUGUCAGAAGUGAUUGGAAGAAUAUUUGGAUUACUAAACACCAAAGGUGUAUGUCAUUAUCGUAGAUUUAGAUCUAUUUAUGUAGCAAUUAUUCAUGAAAAAUAGCAUAUACAUAUAAGUAUUGGAUACAAAUCCUGAAUUAUCAUUGCUUUGUACGCACGUAAUAUACCUUUAGAAGUUAUAUUUAGUUUGUUAUGGAUGAAACAUUGAUAUGCUUUAGUUAUGGUUACUAGUUAGUUUUGGCUCUCAUCAGGUUUUAGGUGCAAUAACAAUGUAUUUUGUGUAUCAAUUACAUUUACAUGAUGUACUAGUACUCGAUAGUUUUGUGUAAUUAGAAUUAUGCUUUGAUUGUAUUUUAUUUCACAUGAUAAAAAAACGAAUGCCAUUUUACAACUACUGCUGUAUAUGUUUGUAUGUAAUUGUUGAUGAUAUGUUUGUCAAAGUUCCUACAUUAUGAAUAAACUUUUAAGUUGG